GAGAAACGUUUUCUUCUCUUCUUUACUUAUCAACAUUCUCAAUUGCAUCCACUGCACUUUUUUGGUCCAUGAUUCAUAUACUUAUAAGUUAUAUAUACUUAUAUGUACAUAUAUACACAUGAAACGUAUCGGCUUUCAGCUCUCAUCUCUCAUCGCUCAAACGUCGAUUUUUAUUUAUGCCGCGUACUUCGAUCGGGCAAUCUUCAGUCUCGAACCAUACGCAGCAGCGGAAACAUCGGAAUAUUUGUCGAAUCCCAAAAGGAUGACCGAAAAUAAGACACCAAAGUACAUUUUCGAUUUUCAAAAGCUAAUCGAAACAUUCACUGAGAUUUGUCCGGACUUCUGCGACGAGCCGAGCUAUGCAAAUGCCACAGUGAGUCGCCGUUUUGCCGAGCAGGUGAUCUUCGAGUGCAGCAAGCAGGUCAAGCUGGCCAAGAGACAGGGCAAAAACGAGCUAUGGAAGUUGACGCUGGAAACCCAAGACGAGCAGGGCAAGUCGCUAAAGAACAAAGUGAUCAUAACGAUGAAUGCGACAAAGCCACCGCCGCAGCAGCAGCCCUUGGUGGUGAAUGGCAUUCUGGAGCUCACCUUCAAGCAGGCCAGCCUGUUGGCGGUGGCGAAGUAUUGCCAAAUGAUGCCGCAUCUCGUGAAGCGCCAAGAGAUUGUGCUCACUCCGUUGGCCGGCGCCGUUUUUGCCAAGGAGGACAUGCCGAAGCUGGCAGCAGCUUUGGGCCAACCGCUGCCUGAACUGUUGAUGGCCAUCAUUAGUAGCUGCCAAACGGAUGGAUACUACCUGGAGCACAGUCGCUGUGACAUUGCGGUCGCGGUGCUUAUAAAGACGGUGUCCGAUUUUCAAAUGCGAACCUCCAUUAUCAAGAAGACCAUUAAGAUGUACAAAUUCCAGGGAAAGGAGCUUGACAUGGCCAAGUUUAAAAUAUGCAACAAGUUCGUACAGUCCAGCAACAGCGCAAUUAAUCGCCCCAUCCGUGUGGACAACGAAGAGGUUGACAAUCUCGUUUCACAGAUAAUGUCGUUUAACCUGAACAUGGACAUGGAACCGCCGAGCUAUCUUUUGACUAACAACAGGGGCAAGAUACGGAAACAUCAAAUGAAAUGUGCAGCACGCUUUCACGGACAGCUUGGAAACCCCGCCAAAAAGUGAAGGCAACAAUUUCUGAGUAACCGAUGCGUGAAAAAUAAAAUUGAAGGGAAACAUCCUUUAAAUCCUUUAAGUCUUGUCAUAUCACACACUGUAAAGUAUGACAACAAUCUUGAAACCGGAUUGAUCAUUUGUUUCCCUUGUCUUAUUCUGGAGUUAUUCUGGAUACAAUCUAUUUUAAUAACAAACAUCAUUUUAUUCACUCUUGUAAAGCUAAAACAAUACUUUUCUGUGUUUAAAAGAUUGCCUUAAACUUAUUCUGGUACCAAUCUUUCUAAUAUCUUAAGUUUAAUCACUUCUUCUGUAUCUUAAAAAUCUUCAAGUAUAUAUGUAUAAACUU